AUGUGUGAAAUAGUUGUCAACGAUUUGUUUGAUGAGAUUAUCAAUGAAAACAAUAGACUUUGCAAUCAAUUGGUGUUUGCAAUGAAAUGUUUGGAUGUUUUGCAAACAUUUGAGACAUUUAUUAGAAAAGUGAUGACAUUUAAGACAAUUAUCAUUAAUGAACAACAAUUGUCAUCACAAGACAUACAAACAUUGGAUCAAUUGGACAAUCAAUUAACAGAUGUGUUGACACAAUUGAAGCAAAGAUCGGCGCAAAGUGUGAAGUCUUACGAAAAGCAAUUGAUUUCUGGAAAAGCGGAUCAAAUGAGUGGUAAAGAGUUGGUUAAUAAAUCACGAGUUAAUAUUAAUAAUCAGUUAACAGUUAGUCCUAAAGUUAUUAGUAUUAAAGUAUUGAAAUUACCGACAAUUAAUGAUAGCAUUAAAAGUAGACAACAAUCAGAUGAAAAUGAAAGACAAACACAACAAAUGACUGAUAAUUCACAUGAAAAGCCAUUUCCUUGUUAUGUCAUUAAUUGUGAUUACAAAAGUUGUGAUAUUCCCGGACUGAUUAGUCAUCUGAAGACAAAUCACUCAAUUACUAGCAUUCAGUGCACUCAUGAGGGAUGUACUCAAUUAUUUGGUGACCAACACGACCUCAACAGACAUUUACAGUUAAAACAUAAGACAAUCAAUAAAAAUGUAAAGAAAAGUAUUGACAAAAUAACAAACAAAAGUCAAAUAACAAGAAAAAGUCAGAAAAUUAAUAGAUUGGUUACAAAUCAGAUGAAUAUCAAUAAUACUGAUAAUGAAGUGAAGACACAAUUAGAUUGUAUUAAAAAAAAGUUUAAUUGUUUUGCCGAAAACUGUUAUUACAAUUGUCUUAAUGUGAAUGAAUUGGCUAAUCAUCUGAAGAUACGGCACUCAAUCACAAACUAUAUUCAAUGCACUUUCGAUGGCUGUCAACAACUUUUUGUUGACGAAAAACAACUCAAGAGUCAUGUUUCUGAUGAACACAAGAUAUAUGACUCAUCUCUUAUAGUUAUACCGAAUGAUUGUAAUAAAAGACAAAAAUCUAAGACAAUUAAUCCAUUUGAUUGCAAACAACUAUUUAAAUGUGAUUAUAAAGAUUGCGGUGAAAUGCUUAAAACUUACUUUCAAUUUGAUAAACACAUGAAAUGUCAUCCAAUCGGUGAAAGUCAAUCAUUGGAAACACAUUUGAUAAAACAAAAGUAUAAAAUUAAUCGACAAUAUCGAUGCAAUUAUAAUGGUUGUGAUCGUGUUUUUAAAUUUAAUAAUAGUCUAAUUACUCACAAAAUAACACAUAAUAUGAAAGGAUCUAAAUUAUACCGAUGCUUACGGCCAGAGUGUGAAUACAAGAGCUAUUUUUCGUGUGCUUUUAAACGACAUCAACUAAUUCAUAGCGAUGUAAGAGAUUAUCCGUGCGAUUAUCCCGGUUGUCAAUAUCGGGCCAAAGAGAUGCAAAUCAUUACUAAACAUAAAAAAAUUAGACAUUUUACUAAUGAAAAAAACUAUCGGUGCUCGUGGUCUGGAUGUGCAAAACAAUUCAAAACUGCUGACACUCUUCGAAAUCAUACGAGAUUUAAGCACUUAAUUGCUGAAGAGGACAGAAAAAAGUUUCGAUGCGAUUACGAUGGUUGCGAUCGAGUAUUUAAUUCCAAAUGGAAUCUACAAUAUCAUACAAUUUCAGUCCAUGAAAAACAGGCUAAAAUCUACCAGUGCUCGUGGCCGGGCUGUGACUAUACCACUAAACAUUAUGUAUCGUUGGGUCAACACGAAAGAAUACAUAAGCCAAUGAAAGAUAUUCGGUGCGAUUACGAUGGAUGUAACUUCACAACUAAAUAUAGUAGUCAUCUAAAAUGUCACAGAGAUAUACAUUCAACUGAACCAAAGUACCGGUGCUCGUGGCCUGACUGUAAUAAACAGUUUAAAACUUUAGCAGUUUUUAAGUCACAUGAAGUGAUUCAUUCGGAACCCAAGUAUGUGUGCGAUUGGAAGGACUGUCAGUUUAGGACUUAUUGGAGUUAUAAUCUUAAAUCACAUUUGAAUCGAAAACAUUUAAAGAAAUUACUAAAAUAG